GGGACUUUUCAAAUUCCUCACCUACUUUAUUCAUGGACUUUGAAAAUUUAGUCCCUCUUGCUUUGGGAAAGAGUUUUAUGAAUUUCAUCCUUUCAUCUAUGAAUAUAUAAGAACAAGAACAAGAAGGAGCUAGACAGCAACAACAGGAAACUUGAGGGGCACAGAGAAGCAGAGUUCUAAGCUUAAUUAGGAAGAUCACAAUGAAGGAAAGGUGUCAACCCUGCAAGGAAUGGGGGGAACAUUUCUAUUGGAAUCAUUUCAAACCAAAAGGAAUGAGUUUUAUUAAGGUCAUGGAUUCUGGUUUCCCUCAAAGAAUGUUAAUCCCAGUAAAGUUUGUGAAGAAUGUGAAAAGAAAACUCCCUGAUAAAAUGAGUUUGAGAGACCCAAAUGGUAAUCUCUGGAGUAUAAAAUUGUCAAAGGUUUCAGGUAGCUUGUUGGUGAAAGAUGGCUGGAAAGAAUUUGUUGAUGCAAACCAUGUAGAGAAAAAGGAUUUUCUUGUUUUCAGAUAUGAUGGGAAGGCAUGUUUCAAUGUAUUGAUAUUUGAUCCAAGUGGAUGCGAGAAAGAAGAUUCUUUCAUUGAGAGAAGAUCAAAUGCUUUUGAAUCCCCUGAUCAAGUGACCAAGGAAGAAUAUGAUGGUAGUUCCAAAGAAAAGGUUUCUGCAUCAUUUGUAGUAGAACAUGGACAUGAUAUUAUAACAAAUUAUAAGGGAAGAUUUAUCCAAAGAGCUUUGAAAAGGAGAGAAGUAACUGAAGAAGAAGAAGCAAUGGCAUUCGAAUCAGCAUUGGCCUUUAAAACAGUUCGUCCUUUCUUCAUUAUAGUGAUGCGGCCAUCCCAUGUUUAUAAGAGACUUUUCAUGACCGUACCAGCUCAUUUUGCAUCUCAGUACAUCAAACCUAGAAAGCAAAUAGUACUUCUUCGUGUCCCGAAGAGAAACAAAGAAUGGGCUGAAUGGCAUGUGAGAUAUGUUUGGAAUGGAGGAAGUUGGGGGUUUGCUUCACAACAAUGGCGGUUGUUUGUUUUAGACAACAAGAUAGAAGAAGGGGAUGCAUGUGUUUUUGAACUGAUUGUUUCACAAAGUGAGGUUAUAAUGCAUGUGCAUAUCUUUCGAGUUGUGGUGAAAGUGGCAACUGCUGUGAAGGAGGAAACUUAGUUUGUCAAAGAAGUAGGUGCAGGAAAGAAGCUAAAAACUUUGUUUCAUUUUGAUGUGGAAUACUUGAAUUAUAUAUGUA